UUGUUUGCCGUGUCUCCCCGGCUACUGAAUCCUCCGGUCAUCGCCAUCAUCCUGGCUUCGGUGGCGCUGAUGUCCAUGUCCCCGGGAGGAAGGCUUCUGCGGCUAUCGAUUCUUCGCUGAAGGGGAUGUCCCUCGGUGCAGGGGGACGUGUCGGAGCAGAAGGCCGCGAUGGGCGGGAAUGGGGGUGGCGAGGGGUACGGGCGGCCUGUGGUCAGUGCCGUUUCCGACUCCUGAGGGCCAGUGUCUUUCGGUGAGUGCCGGCUGAGUACGCGGCGCGUGUGUGGCUGCAAUGAGAGAACGUUUUGGGGGAAUAAAAGUAAAGUCGGGUUGAGCCUUCAUCCGUUUGAACGAGUGUUUGAAGUUCGAUGGCGCUUAACAUAAUAGCCCAGAAGUACUGGGGAGACGGCAGCGCGUUCUCCAGAGAGAAGCGUCCUGCCGCGCGGAGGCGUCGAAUCCUUUUACUCCUGAGGGAUCCAGAGGGGGGAUUGAAACUGUAUUUUCCUUCAGAGGGAGAGGGCUGCUGAGGUCCGUGGCACUAGUCUGUGUCAGCACUGCCGCAGGCCCUAGUAGAUGCAGGGGGAGAAAGCACUGGAGAAGAGGAUGGCCGCGAUGAUGGCAUUUCUUAGGACACCUUUGGAUUAACCAUGAAAACAAGUACUUUCUGAGCGGCUGUUGGUAGUAGUUAAUACACACUUAAACUGCGUCGGUGACCGUAAAUUCGUGUCGACAGAAUUCCUUCCCGCUCCCUUCCAGGUGACCUCUGAAAAUGGUUCGCUAUUCGCUUGACCCAGAAAACCCUACGAAAUCAUGUAAAUCAAGAGGUUCAAAUCUUCGUGUUCACUUUAAGAACACACGUGAAACUGCCCAGGCCAUCAAGGGUAUGCAUAUCCGAAAAGCCACCAAGUAUCUGAAAGACGUCACUUUACAGAAGCAGUGUGUGCCAUUCCGUCGCUACAAUGGUGGAGUUGGUAGGUGUGCCCAGGCCAAACAGUGGGGCUGGACACAGGGUCGGUGGCCCAAGAAGAGUGCUGAAUUUUUACUGCACAUGCUUAAAAAUGCAGAGAGUAAUGCUGAACUUAAGGGUUUAGAUGUUGAUUCUCUGGUCAUUGAGCACAUCCAGGUGAACAAAGCCCCCAAGAUGCGGCGUAGAACGUACAGGGCUCAUGGUCGGAUUAACCCAUACAUGAGCUCUCCUUGCCACAUUGAGAUGAUCCUUACUGAAAAAGAGCAGAUUGUUCCUAAACCAGAAGAGGAGGUUGCACAGAAGAAAAAGAUAUCCCAGAAGAAACUGAAGAAACAAAAACUUAUGGCCCGGGAGUAAGUUCUGCAGAAUAAAUGCAAAUACAAAUAAAAAGAGAACGUUGGUGGCCUUUUAUUAUUAAACAUAUUUCAAGUAUCUUCGCAAAAUGGAUCAAAUGAGUUUUCUUCCGAUUAAACUAGAAAGAUUA